UCUCAAUCGUGUCUUCACGACAAAAAUAUUGACAAAAAGAUGCGCCGAUUCACAAUCCUAAUCCGCUACGACUCCCUCGAAGCAUACCAGCAAUAUGGAAGCACCAUAGAGCAAAUGACCAAGGAUAAAUUCGCUGAAAAGGGAGCCACAGAGCAGACGUUGUUCAUCUCGACGAAGAGCUUGCCUCCCUUACAUACUACUUCGUUUGUGGGAUCGGAAAAUGUCUCCGUGCAGGAUCUGAAGGAAGUGGUAUUUCCGCCUGGUGUGCAGGUUGAUAUUCAUCAGGAGGAUUGAUUGUAUGUCUCUGG